AUGGAAGACAAAACAUUUUUCCUCUUCAUAUUGUGGAUGAUAAUUGUCAUCCUUGUCGCGACUCGAUCUCCCAGAUCCGGGCUGUCAAAAAUGUUUUCUUCCUUGGAAGUUCAGCCUGAGCAAGAUUCAAAACAACUGCUCGCGCUCGCAGAGGGAUUCAAUGCUCUGCUUGAAGCUGCCAAACAACUGACCAGGCAGGAACAGCUUCUUCGCAGCAGACUAGAGUCUGCCCAUGACGAGUACCUGAAGCUUUCAAGCCAGUUGGCUGAAGGGUCGACUGGUCAGCAGACAGAGGCAUCGGCGGGUAUUCCUCCGCAAGAUAUUACCAGUCAUAGAAACGAAAAGGCGGCAGUUGACACGGGUGAAUGGGUUCGCAAUAUUGAGCAUGCCGGUUAUGUCAAUCAGUUCGGUGCUAAGGCGGUAAUACAAGCUUCGGAAAUCGCAGGGAGAGCGAUAAAAGCACACAGCCAUCGGGAUGAACCUCAGAGGCCAAACGCAUGUCCUUUUUCCAAGUCCGACGUGAGAAUGUCCAUGGAAAAGGACUUUACAACACCCGGGACAAAAGGUAAUUUACGCUGCCCCUUCGCGAAACCCAGCGAUGAGGCUUCGGCCAGUGGGCAGGUAGUAGUAAACGGGGAAUCGGAACGGUGUGGAAAUGACGAUCUAGAUCCCAUCAAGGCCGAGCUUCAUCCGGGUGUACCCCCUUGUGCGGCGAGUUCAACUCGCUCUGUAACAGCAAGGUGCCCGAUUCGCUAUCUGAACGCUCACUCGCCGGAAGAAAUAGCAGAGUUCUUCCAGAAGCAUAAACAUGAAAUCCCUCGCAGCCACUCUAUAUGCAUCCAGCGGUACCAGAAUGACCCACAGAAUCUUCGGCGGCUGGAUGGGAAGUACGGUGAUAUUGUGAGCAUGGUCCAAGGGCUUGGAGCCUAUCAUCAGCCGUAUUUACCUUCCUCACCACCUCCAGAUAUGGAACAAAACGGGGAGACGGACGCCACGGACAGGGUCGAAAAGUGGGCCGAAGACGUCAGUAGCAAGUCGCCGACUCCAGGCACUCCUCCUUUCAAUGUCGUCGCUGACGACGGCGAUUUCGAAGCUAGGGGGAACCAUUUUGAGCGCUCUUUGAGGGAUGUCCGGGUGGGAGAGUCUCCAGGUCGACCGUGGGGAAUCCAUGUCCCGAUUUCCCAGGAGCCAGCGCAAAGCGAUGUCGCUUCGCUUCCCGCACCAGUUCCUGCGAGUAGUUGGUCGAACGCAAAGAAAUCCGCUGAGCGUCCACAGCCAACUCCUACCCCCUUGGUUGAUACAAUGGGUAGUCCCUCUAGAAACGGUCGCUGCCCGUUUAGUCAUUCCGCAAAACAGGAGGCUACAUCUAACCCUAUGCAGCCCGGUCAGCCAUUAAAUGAGCCACGUCCUGACAUCACCCAGGCUUCCGAUGCAGCUGCGCCUCCUCCGAGGCCUCAAUCUCCUCAACCUCGGAUUAUCUUCAACGGACCAGUCAUUUUCGGGUAUAGCGGAGAAUCGGUUGCAUUGUUCCUUGAGAAACUGGGCCAAUUCGGAAAGCUUUAGUAGCAUAUUCUGGUAUCUUCUUGACACAUGGUCUCGGGCGGGCAACAGUAUAUUUCUCCCCUACUUGGCUUCUAUGAAAUGAUCCUUCAAUGGUGAAGAAUGAUUGCAUUGUAAAGGCGCAAAUUUGGGAAGAUUAUAUGGUCCUGGAUGUUCUCUAGCAUCUUUGAGCCUUUUGAUUAUUGUCUGUUUUUACUAUUCCAGCUUAGGUGGAAUACAGUUCUGGAGCUAUGUUAUUCCCAGUCU